AUGGGGGACUUCUCAGACUCGUUCAAAAUCUGUGUGGGUGCUAGAGCUGAAGAUCAAGAAUGCGCUGCUGACGGAGCACUUCCGAUACACGCCACUGCAGNNACACUCCUCGACGACAUCAUCAACACGGUCAACGAACUCGUCUACCAAGCAGUCGGCGAGGUUCAGACGGCGCUUCUCAACGUACCCAAAGAGCAGCUCGGCUUUCCUGCAAACGCGCCCGCCCAACAAGAUGACAAGACCGACGAAGCCGCGUCGGAAGAAGCUGCAACGACAGAAAUCGAGGCUGGAAUCGUAAAGCUCGAGAGUCUGCUAAACUCGACCAUCGACAAGAACUUUGACAAGCUCGAAAUCUACACGCUGCGCAAUCUCUUGACCGUCUCGAAUGCGAAAGAGGACGAAGGGCUGGAGAACUGGAUACUGACUCAGAGCAGANACCUUCAACCUCCUUCCGCAGAUGGCAAUGCGCCUACGCCAGAAUCCGUCAAUCGCCUGCGCCGCAAAGUGCAAGAGACGGAGAAGCUACAAUCAGCCUUGAAAGCAGAAGCCGCACAGAAUGAAGCCUUGCUCGCCCAAUUGCGACCGCUCAUGUCGGCUCCUCCAGCUACCAAAUCCUCCUUCAAGCCCGACCAAGACACGCCACAACAAGACACGACUCCCUCCUUCUCCUUCCUCACAAAUACGCCAUCGGCCGCAGCUCUUGGAGUCGGGUCGGAAAAACACGCCAACUCGCUCGCCCAGAACACCAGCUUCGUCUACUCGCAAAUUCCUGCUCUGCGGGAGAUUGUCGCUGCCCUGCGCUCACACCUCGCGACACUGCCUGCGAAGAACAUGGCAGCCACCGUCGAUCAGUCCACAGAAGCAAGACACGCAUACAUCGAGAGCCAGACGCGUCGCGCUUUGGACAGGGCAGGUGUGGAUGCUGCACCAGCACCAGACACUGAGUCAUUGGGAAGACGCAUGGGUGGGGAAGAGACAAGAGCGCUAGAAAGCAUUGUUGCUGCCAUGGCUGCACAGAACCAUGCUGCGGACAAGAUGGAAGAAUGA